GUAGGAUAACUUCACUAUUCUUAAACCAUGGUUCUAUAAGCAUCGGGGCUCGGGUUGCCUCUCGUUCCUCAAAAGUCCUUCCAUGUUUUGAUUGUGAAUAACAAUGUCAAAUUAAUAAGUAGUGGGCAAUCCCUGAAAGAGAUCCACCAGAACAUAUGCAAUGCCGAGUGCUCCAGUAUUGAAAAUACGAGUAAAUACUUCUAGAGGAGUUGCAUUUCUAGAAGCUUAGGCUGCGCCGCGCCCACUGUGAAGCGGCAGAAGUGGGCGGGCGCGCAUGGCAAGCUGGCUGUCACUGGCGGUACAGGAAGGAACUGGAGUUGAACGAGCGGGGCUGACUCGCUGUGUCCAGCGCGAGUUCCUCUCCGUACAUAAUAAACACUCGGGUGGAAGACACAUGUGUAGGGUUGUGGUUUUUAUACGUUUUUUUCCGCAUUUGAAUUGAUUUAUGCGUGUUAUACUGUAUUUACAUAAAUAACAAUAUAAUAGUUCGGAUAUAUAUAUUAAAAACCGUAUUUUUAUUAUUUUUGGGUGUGUAUUUUUCUGACGAUAUUGGUUUCGUAUCAGCAAUUACAUGUGUGUGUAAUCAGCGAUUUGAUAUGUGUGUGAAAAUUUCAACCCGUUUGUCAACAUUAUGUGGUUGAUGUUGAGAAUAAAUUAUGUCGUUGCUUUGCCUGUUUUGUGACAGGAAGUUUGAAGUCGUAAUCGAUAAAUACCUAUGUAAUUUAAUUUCUGUCAAUUUGUAUUAGGCUUUCUGGUAGUAUGUCUUUUAGGUAGAAAAAUAAGUUACGUACGUAGAAAAUUCAAAGAGAUUUUUAUGCUGAUAAGUCAUGUAUAUCUCCUCAAUAACUUUCUUCCUUUUUGUCGCGCUAUUCC